AUGGCGAGCGAAAACCCCUUCAAAGCCGCUCUCAUUAUCGUCGACUUCCAAGAAGACUUUUGUCCACCUAACGGCUCCCUCGCCGUCCCAGAAGGCCGCACCAUCGCUCCCACAAUCAACACCCUAACAGCCCUGCCCUUCCAUCUCAUCCUCGCAACUAAAGACUUUCACCCACCCAGUCACAUCUCCUUCGCCAGCAAUCACCCAUCAUCAGAACCAUACACAUCCACCACGACAAUCACACACCCGCGCGACUCCUCCCGCAGCUACACCACCACCCUAUGGCCCAUCCACUGCGUCCAAGGGACCCCCGGCGCGGACUUGGUCCCUGAGCUAGACGUCUCUCGUCUACACGCGGUUAUUGAAAAGGGUCAAGAUGAGAGGGUUGAGAUGUACAGUGCCUUCUACGAUCCUUUCAAAGUGAGCGAUAGUGGUCUUGCUGCUAUGCUGGGUGAGCAGCAGGUUACCGAUGUCUUUGUCGUUGGAUUGGCUGCCGACUUUUGUGUCAAGGCUACAGCUGAGGAUGCAGUCAAAGAGGGCUAUUCGACAUGGGUAGUGAAUGAGGGAACAAAGCCUGUCAUGCUCGACAAGUGGGAAGAUUGUAGAAAGGGUAUGGAGGAGAAGGGUAUUAAGUUUAUAUUAGUCACUGACGCCGUGGACAAAUUCAGUAGUCCUAAGUCUUAG